GCAUUCCUCCCACCGUCAUCCGGCAGAAACUUUCUCUACGAACUCAGCGAUCAUCAAAAACUAUUCUGAGAAAACGGUGUUUGAAUGGCCAACCUAAUUGAACAAUUCUACGUUUCUUUUGUUAUUAGCUAGCAAAUCAAACAAACAAACGUGAAGCUGAAAUGAAAGAACAGGAGCUAUUAUAUGGCGACAUCAAUUUAUUUGAUAUUCCUGGACGAACACCAGUUGAAUUCGCAAGAAAUAUAUUAAAAUCAAUAUUUACAACCGAUGAGUUAACAACAAAAAAAAUACCUGGAAACUUAAGAUUGAAAAAGCUUAAUAAAGACGAAUUAGAACAACAGCAAUUAGAUGAAGUCAAAAUUCGUUUAAUUCAAAGUAAGCGUUGUUUUAGUAACAGUUACUCAGAGUCGUUAGAAGCUGUACAGAAGACGCCUUUUUCCCCUAUUUUUUCAGAACUAACAAUUUUUC